AUGAAUUGUAAGACUAGUCAGACUAGUGCAGUGUUGCAGGAGCCCUGCUCCUGUGAUGAGAUUCCCUUCACAGACCAUUAUCAGCUCCUAAAGACCAUUGGGCAUGGUGGGUUUGGCCAGGUGAAACUAGCCCGCCAUCUCCUCACUGGGGCAGAGGUGGCAGUAAAAAUCCUGCCAAAGGAGGGGCAGGUGUUUCCAGUCCUCUCUGAACCAGAUAUCAUGAUGACUCUGAGCCACCCACAUGUGAUUCAGCUAUUUCAGGUUAUUGAAACUGUCCAAAAUGCCUACCUCGUGAUGGAGUACGCAAGUGGGGGACAGCUAUCUCACCACAUCCAGGCUGGUGGCAUGCAGGAGGAGGAGGCACGGAGACUGUUCAGGCAGAUCGCAAGGGCUGUGGACUACUGCCAUAAGAAGGGUGUCGUGCACCGAGACCUGAAGGUGGAAAACAUCAUGCUGGAUGCCAGAGGCAACAUCAAACUCAUCGACUUUGGCCUAAGUGUCAGGUUCAUAGCUGGGCUGAAGUUGAACAGGUUCUGGGGCACUCUCGCAUACCUUGCUCCUGAAAUGGCCUUGCGGCAAGAGUAUGAGGGCCCCCCAGUGGAUAUCUGGAGCCUGGGAGUCAUUCUGUAUUUUAUGUUGACAGGGAAAUGCCCAUUUAUGGGGAUCACCACUAAGCACCUGCUGAAGCUGAUCGUGUGCGGAAGGUACCAAAUCCCCCACCACGUUCCUACCUAUGCACAAAACCUCAUCUGUAAACUACUGACUGUGAACCCCAAGCAGAGGCCCACAGUACAGAAAAUCCUGCAGCACCCAUGGCUGAGGCAGAGUGAAUAUUUACCAUAUCAUUAUCAUGACCCACUCCCCAAACACCCAGAUCCUGCAAUAAUGGCAAUCCUGUUUGAUAUGAGCUGUGACCCAUACAAUACCUGGGUGUCUGUGGCCAAUAGAAAGUUUGAUGACGCCAUGGCUACAUACCUGAUACUCCAGCAUCAGAUAAGCCAGGGGGCAAGCUACAAAUUCCAGCUGAAAGCUGUGCAUGUAAAGCCAAGACCUAGCCCACACCUCUUGGAUCCUUCCAAUUUCCCUGGCCUCCCAAAGAGGAGUAUCAGUGAACCUGCCCUUUACAACUUCCUCUUGCCCUCUGAGCACCAGCUGCCUGAGGAGGCCAAGCAGUUAGGGCUGAGAAGCAUCAGAAGGUCCAGCCUGCCUGCCAUUAAUCUCUGCUUUCUGCCUACAUGGACCCCCACUCCUGCCAUAGCCUCCCAGCAUGAAUCUGUGUCCCACUUGCCCAGCUCCUUGAGUAUUCUCAGUAGGUGGACUGCAGCAACAGACAGUAGCAGUUUCUUCCAAGACAUCUCCACAGGGCAACCCCAUGACAACAGAAGAGGCCAGAAGACAGUGGCUGGGAGGAUCACUACCUGCUUUCAAUGGCUGUGUUGUUGCAUGCCAUGUGUCAGCAAAAAUGUGGCCCCCAUGGAAAGAGGGCAGAAAUCUCAUAGGUGCAGAAACAGAGUGGCUCCAGGGGGAUGGACAGCUGAGACAGACCAAACCAAUGGACAGCCAGAGGACCCUGUGCUCUCUGGAUCCUGA